GGGCGGACUCGAGGACGCGGGCGGGCGGCUGCGACGCCGCGUUGGGUCGCGCUCGGCGGGUAGGCCGCGGUGGCCACAUCAGUGCUGACGUGGGGCGACGUGGGCCGGCGCCGGUCCCGGUGGGGCUCGUCGUCCCACCUCCUUGCGUCCGUAAGCAGUGACGAGGCCCACUACGUAAAUCGCUUCGCGUUGGGAUAAAUAAAGAAGAAAACGAAGGAGCAAAGCAUUGACUACAAAUGUCUUAAUGAGAAAAUGUGGCAGGAAAAAAAAUAUAUUAAAACAAAUCUAAGACAAAUGACCAUGGAAACAAUUGACUCUCAGCAGGAUGGAAGUAUACCACAUUCUGUGGCAGAGAGCAAAUCUGCUCGCAUGCAGAAGCAGACUGGUCAAAAUUCAAUCCCCACUUUAGCUCAGGUAGCAACAAUUGCAGAGACAGAUGAGUCUGCAGAAUCAGAAAGUGUAAUUGAUUUUCAUAAACGCAGAGGAAUCCUUUCACGAAGACCCUCUUACAGAAAAAUACUGAAUGCACUUUCCUCUGAUGUGCCUGGUGUUCCCAAGAUUGAAGAAGAACAAUCCGAGGAAGAAGGAACGUCACCUAAUAUCGCUGCUAUGGCAGUGCCAACUAGCAUAUAUCAGACUAGCACGGGGCAAUACAUUGCUAUAUCCCAAGAUGGAGCAAUCCAGAUUUCUAACCCAGGAUCUGAUGGUGUUCAGGGACUGAAGGCAUUAACAAUGACAAAUUCAGGAGCUCCUCCGCCAGGUGCUACAAUUGUACAGUACGCAGCACAGUCAGCAGAUGGCACACAGCAGUUCUUUGUCCCAGGCAGCCAGGUGGUGGUUCAAGCCACCACUGGUGACAUGCCGACUUACCAGAUCCGAGCUCCAACUACUGCUUUGCCACAGGGAGUAAUGAUGGCUGCCUCGCCGGGAAGCCUGCACAGUCCCCAGCAACUAGCAGAGGAAGCAACACGCAAACGAGAGCUGAGGCUAAUGAAAAAUAGGGAAGCUGCUAAAGAAUGUCGACGUCGAAAGAGAGAAUAUGUUAGAAGUCUGGAGAGUCGAGUUGCAGUGCUAGAAGUUCAGAACAGGAAGCUCAUAGAGGAACUGGAAACCUUGAAAGACAUUUGCUCUCCUAAAACAGAUUAGUAGAAAUAUUUAACUAUGAACUGAUUGCAAUAUGUACAGUUGCUUUUGAAGGCAAUACAAUAUAAAGCCGGCAAGAAUUAUGGCUUUUUUUUCCGUUUAUCAUUCAUCGUGUUUUCUAAUCUCUAACAUUCCCAAACUGCUUCACUGUACGUAGUUAACUCUUAGCUGUAACUUCAAUUUUUUAAAAGAGGCAAACUGUAAAAAAAAAAAAAAAAGUAGUAUGUAACAAAUUCUUAAAAUGCAACAUUUGUAAGGCUUGUUCCAGUGCCACAUAUUUGCAGUUCCCGAUCUCUGUGUCAUGAACAGUGUCCUAUGCAAUAAAAAUUUUUUGCAGGUCUUUAAAAAUCAUUUUAGGAAAGGAUGAUCAAAGAUAAUGCAUCCAGCAGUACAAUAAAAGUAAACCACAAAAAAUACCUCAGGAAAGAACUGAAAGAAUUGAAAGAAUCUAAUGACAUGCCUAUGUGAAAAUAAUAGCCUAUAAAUGAACUUAUGGCAUUUGCAGAUUUUUAUAUUGGUUGCUUUGUAAAGAAAAUAUUGUAUUGCUGUCCUUGAAUGCCAUAGUUGAAGAGAGUUUUUAAUAGAGCCAUGUUGGUUACACUUUGUAGUGUUUGGUGCUCAUUUAACUAUCUGAACAUAUACUACAGUUUUUACUCUUGUGUAACAUAAAAGAUCUUGCAGAAGUUUUUAGUGUCGGUUUGCUAUUCCAUGAUGAACAUUAACGCACAGUUUACUAUCUGUCCUGAUUUAAAGGUUUAAGUUAGAGUCGUAUUUGCAUACCUUCA